CCGUCGCCGUAGUUGUUACGCUUACUCUGCGCCGGAAGAAGAAUCCGCGAACGGUUUUGGAGUUAUGGCGGCGGUAGAUGUCCGAGAUAAUCUGUUGGGAAUCUCUUGGGUUGACAGUUCCUGGAUCCCCAUUUUGAACAGUGGAAGUGUCCUGGAUUACUUUUCAGAAAGAAGUAAUCCUUUUUAUGACAGGACAUGUAAUAAUGAAGUGGUCAAAAUGCAGAGGCUAACAUUAGAACACUUAAAUCAGAUGGUUGGAGUGGAAUACAUCCUUUUACAUGCGCAAGAGCCCAUCCUUUUUAUCAUUCGGAAGCAACAGCGGCAGUCCCCUACCCAAGUUAUCCCACUGGCUGAUUACUAUAUCAUUGCUGGAGUGAUCUAUCAGGCACCAGACUUGGGAUCAGUUAUAAACUCUAGAGUGCUUACUGCAGUGCAUGGCAUUCAGUCAGCUUUCGACGAAGCUAUGUCAUACUGUCGAUAUCAUCCUUCCAAAGGGUAUUGGUGGCACUUCAAAGAUCAUGAAGAGCAAGAUAAAGUCAAACCUAAAGCCAAAAGGAAAGAAGAACCAAGCUCUAUUUUCCAGAGACAACGUGUGGAUGCUUUACUCCUAGACCUUAGACAAAAAUUUCCACCCAAAUUUGUGCAGCAAAAGUCUGGAGAAAAGCCUGUCCCAGUGGAUCAGACAAAGAAAGAAGCAGAACCUAUACCAGAAACUGUAAAAUCUGAGGAGAAGGAGACCACAAAGAACACCCAACAGACGGUGAGCACUAAAGGCCCCCCUGAAAAACGAAUGAGACUUCAGUGAGUGUUGGACGAGAGAGAAGCUUGCCAGACUCCUCUUGUCCCUCGUUAUACCUCAUUACUGUGACAGGCUCUUGAACUUUAGAGUUCUUUGUCACAGCCCUCUCGUUUGUAUAGAAUGUGCUUGUUCUUUAAGGAAGGGUGUAAAGAUCCUGAUGUUUUCGAUAUGAAUAUUACGUAUCUUUUGUGACCUUUCUGCUACUGGACUUGAGCAGCCUCCUCACUCACGUGUGUACUGCUAUAUAUAUAUAACAAAAUAAAGGUAUUUGCAUAAACUUCUU